AUGCACAGUGCCAUUGAAAGGUAUUUAAAGGAGAAGAAUUAUCCACUGAGCAUCGUACGAUCGAGGGAGUUUCACAAUUCACAAGAAAUCCUCCACGCGAAGGCAAUUUCUCUGCGACAACAACGAAAGGGCAAAAGACCAAACAAAUCUCAGCCUCUCACUUCGGAGGAAGAGUCUUCCCUCUGGCUAAAAGGUCAGCUUCGUGAUUUUAGCGGAAAAGUGUUGACCAAUGUGAACUUCAAAAACUUGACUGAGCAACUUGGAUUUAGGGGUCGCCAGGAGCACUAUGACGCCUACGUAGAGGACUUCGUUAUAAGACAACAAGAAGACGGCAGCGAAGUUGUAGAAUUCCUUGAAGGUCCCACUAAAACACGAAGCGGUGAUCUAACAAUAUCGAGAAGAACAACACCACAAGUUAUGUAUUCCACCGAUGGCGGAAAAACUGAUCCAGUGCGCCUUUUCAAGCUUUGGUUAUCCAAGCGACCCGACGGAAUGAAAGAUAAAGGGCCACUGUACCUGAGCGUUAUAAAUCGUCCCAAAUCAAAUGAUAUCUGGUACACCAAAAUUAGAAUGGGCGAAAAUACCAUCGGCAACAUCAUGAAAUCCAUGGCCUCCUGUCUUAAGACGAACAAAAAACUGACCAACCACAGCAUGAGAAAAACGUUGGUGUCCAAAUUGAAAAAGUCUGGUCAGCCGCGCAACGUUAUUUGUGAAAUAACAGGCCACGCACGUGAAUCUUCGUUGGACGACUACGACGAAAUAGACGAGAAUCAACGGAAAGAACUGUCUCACAUAAUUAGCGGCUUUAAAGAAGUGCCAAAUGAAAACGGUCCCAACGACGUUUCCAAUCAAAACAGUACAGCUGCAAAGGCACCAACAAUUCAAAACACAGUCCAAAAGCCAGUCCUACACCAACGAGCACCACUUGUUCCUAUUAAUCGCGCUCAGCAGCAAGGUCAAAUGCAUCAGGCCAUGGAAUUCCUGAAUCCUGAUUUUCAGGCUGCUGGUUUUGCAGGAUUUCCGCCAAGUUGUCCCUCACAGUUUCAGUACCGCAUGGCAGCGUUGACGUGUGCUGGUAAUCCUGCUGCUUCAUCGCAGAAUUACACCGGCUGUACUUUCAAUUUUUUCUCCCAAGAAAACGCGAUGCCUCAGCCACAACCGCAGAAGAAGCGAAGGGCUUACAUUAUUGAGUCAGACGACGAGGAUUAA